AUGGCUCCACAGAAAAUAAGAUUGUAUAACGACGAUUAUAUAAAGUUUGGUUUCACGUUCAUUCAAAAGGAUGGUAUCCAAAUGCCACAGUGUGUUAUUUGUCACGUUGUGUUAAGUAACGAUGCUCUCCGACCAAGUCGACUAGAACGACAUUUAACCACAGCUCAUCCGAUGCUAAAAGAAAAACCUAAAGAGUUUUUUGUUGCUAAAAAAAAUUCUUUAAAUAAAAUUAAACUUGACAGAACCGGAGAAUUUCAACAGAAUAAUGAAAAAAUUAUUGAAGCUUCAUAUCACAUCGCCUUUAUGGUGGCUCAGCAAAAGAAACCACAUACAUUGGGUGAAACAUUAAUUAAGCCUAGCAUACUUAAAGCCGUUGAAAUAGUACUUGGUGAAGAAAGUAAAAGGAAAGUUUCUCAAAUAUCUCUUUCAGACAAUACAAUCAAACGACGCAUUGAUGAAUUAGCUUUGGACAUACAAAAUCAGUUGAUUCAUAAAUUAAAAAAUUCCGUAUUCUUUGCAAUUCAGUGUGAUGAAUCAACUGAUGUGGCCAAUUGUUGUCAGCUAUUAGUUUACUGCCGUUUUAUAAAUGAAAAGACUAUUGCAGAAGAGCUUAUGUUUUCCCAGGCCUUAAGUUCUACCUCAAAAGGCAGUGACGUUUUGUCUGCCAUCGAUAUAUUUUUUGAUCAGAAUGGCCUCUCAUGGAAAAAUGUUGUAGGUGUAUGUACAGACGGUGCCCCUGCUAUGCUAGGAUCACGAUCGGGUUUUGUGAAGCUUGCAAAAGAUAAAAAUCCAUCAAUAAUUGGUUCUCAUUGUGUAAUACACCGCCAAGCCUUAGCUGCAAAAACGCUGCCAUUUGAAAUUAAAAAUAUUCUUUGUUCUGAGCUAUCAGCCCAACAUUCUGUUUUAUUAUUCCAUACCGAGGUUCGUUGGUUAUCCAAAGGAAAUAUGCUUGAGCGUUUGUACGAAUUAAAGUCUGAAGUCGAAAUAAUGCUUUUACAAUUAGGAAAAGACGAUCUUCGGGAAAAUUUUACUGAUGAAAAUUUCACAUUCUACUUCGCAUAUCUAGCAGAUUUUUUUGAGACUAUUAAUAACCUAAAUCUCAAAUUACAAGGGAGGAAUAUAAACGUAAUAAUCGCGAACGAUACUAUCAACUCAUUUCUAGAAAAGAUACAACUGUGGAAACGCCGAGUAAACAAAGAGACUCCUAAUUUUUCGUCUUUCCGUCGACUGAACGAACUUCUCUCUGAUGAAGAAGAACCAUUUUGUCCUACUGGAUUGAAAGAUAUAGUGAUUAAACAUCUCGACAGUUUGACUGAUGAAUUCACUCGAUAUUUUCCAAAUUUUUCGAACAAAAGUUGGCAAUAUAUGUUAACAAGUUCUCCAUUCAGUACUAACGUAGACACAUUGCCAGAUAUAAUUCAAGAACAGGCAAUCGAGCUGAAGAACGAUUCACGGGCGAAAAUUGAUUUUAACAGUGGUAGCUCUUUGGAAGAAUUUUGGGUAAAAUACCAACCUAUUUAUCCUGAAAUUUCAAAUGAAGCUUUAAAAGUCCUUGUACAAUUUUCAUCUACAUAUUUGUGCGAAUCUGGGUUCUCCAGCAUGGCAGUUAUAAAAAACAAACAUAGAAAUCGUUUAGAUGUCGCAUCUGACUUAAGGUGUUCAUUAUCAAAUAUUGAGCCGAACAUAAAAAAACUGUCCAAGGAAAAGUGUUGUCAGCAUUAA